AUGCAAGAGAUCGCGGCAGCGGAGCCGCCGUUCGCCUGCACGCCGGCGCUUGUUCUGAUCAUUUCAGAGCCGAAGCACGCGCAGACACUGCUGCGGGCCGCAAAUCUGCACCUUCCCCUCGACCAGACCGAGGGCGGGCAUUUGAAGCGACUGCGACCGCGCCGCUGCGUGACACGGGUGCCACUUACGGAACCCCAGUCUCUACCACCUGCGACUCCGCCCUCGAGCUUGGAGCUUCUCCUCGCACUUCAGCCACUCGAGAGAUGCGGUGCGGCGCACACGGCUUCCGUCUUCACAAGCGCUGCUUCUUCUUCAUGUGACGCAAUCGGCGGGACAGGCGCCAAUUCUGGCGCUGCGGGCAGCGGCCAUGCUGCCUUGGAACACCGGCUUUUGUGGCCGCUGACUCGAGCAGAGGCGUCGCUGUGUGCUGAACAGGUACUUACGCUUCUCUCCAGCGACUUGGCGUCAGCCUCAAGAGUGGUGCCGUUUCGCGCAUUCGUAGAGGCGGCCUCUGCCGUGACCGCUGAAAACUCCGCAGCAUGCGGCACACGCCAGCAAGCGAUCGGGAUCUGUGUCCGCAACGACGACACAGAAGGCUAUACUUCAACGUCGAGCUCCCCUCGCGUAGGGGACGACACCGCAGCCGCCUCGGAUGCUGCUGCUGCUCCUUGUGGAUCGCUUGCUUUUCAAAUCAUGUCUGUGCCAGCGACGGCCCCGAGGUCGGAUCCGGCGGAAUGGGCGAGCGCUAACCGUGUGUGGCCACUCGCUGUACCCCGUCCUCACGCUCCCACUCUGCCGUCCGCCGCAUGGACGGCAGAGGUGUGCGGGAACAUGGUGAAGCACGUAUUUCCCCUCUGCCGUGGUCUGCACCGUGUCUGUAAGGCUCGUGAUCAACACGUGCGUGCCAGCAGGCUCUCUUUGGAGAGAGGGGUGGAGGAGUUCUCGAAAGCUGCGUCUUCGCCGCAAAUCAGUGGGGCCGAAGAGGAGGCUGUCGUCGGCGCGAAGGAGCCAAGUGGGCUGCUCGACAUUGUGGCUGUCGUGAUCGAUCCUUCCACGGGGCGUGUUGUCGCGACGAGUUCUGGCUGCACAUCCAUGCGAGUGGACAACCCUGUCGCCACAGCGCCGUACUGCGGUAUUGUCGCAGAAACGCCCUGCAGUGAGCGCACCGUUUCGUGGAAGCGGCAGCGCGCAGUAGCACCGCAGCAACCGCGCCUGAUCCUCGAACACCCUGUGAUGUACGCGUUGAAGCAGCUUGCCGCCGUACAGCAACAGCAAGAACAUCAUCGGCAGACGAUGCAGCCUUCCCCUGGCACAGCCGGGGCGUUCACCGCCCCUGGGAGCCUGGAACCCGGGCCAUCCAGUGCAGUCACUGCUGAGGAUGCGCGCCACGCAAACAGCACCCGUCCAUAUCUGGCAAACGGGCUGGACCUCUACGUGACGCAUGAGCCGUGCGUCAUGUGCGCCAUGGCGCUGGUGCACAGCCGCAUCCAGCGCGUGUUUUUUCUCUUUCGAAACGCGGUGCACGGUGGUCUUGGCGGCCGCUAUCACCUGCAUUCGAUGGCCUCGCUGAAUCACCACUUCAGCGCAUACGAGUGCACGGAGGCGGCGGAGCUGUACACAACGCUGUAG